AUGACAUCAUGCGUGUCCGGAUGCACGACAUUUGUCACUGCAGCCACAGUGCUGAAUCACGUGCAGCACUUGACUAGGACCGAUGCGAUCAACUAUCGUCAUUAUCACCAGCAGUUGUCGUUCACCGUCGCUGUCAUAGGGACUGGCACGCUGAUCAACCUUACAAUCCUCGUGCCGUUAACACAAUGGACCGAGUGGCUACGACACCGAAAGCGUCAUUUUGAUUUGUCUCCGAGUUCCGCUGACCCCCCUCCCUCCCCGCACACAACCCAAACAAUGACUCAGCCCCACGGAGUCUGGCUUAGCAACAAGUAUUUUGGAGUGGGGGAUCACGGGAUUUACGUGACCACCUCGAGGGGGGAUUUACGUCACGGAGCCAAAUCCUCCCAAGAGGUAUCUGCUCGCUUGAGCCCUGGAAGCUAUCGAGUCAGGUAUGGGCGAGCUAGUCAGUCAGCCUCCGUAACCAGUUAUCGUGAGGCAACGAAACAUGCACUGCAGUCAUCCCAGACCCUGUGGGCACCUGGAACAGCCCUGCCUGGUGUGCCGCCUAGCCGUAUAACUGGGGCAAAACGUAACACACGUGGCCACAAAGGCUGCGCCCAACGACCCUUGGGUCGCAGACUGCAUUCAGAGUGCCCAAGUGGAACACCAACUUGCUCCCACGGCCGAUGCAUUCUGCAGACGCGGUUGGACGACAGUGGAUUUCGUGUUACCGAAGAAAAGUGCAUCUGUGAGCCCGAUUACUACGGUGAGGCAUGCACCCUAUUUAUUCAGCACGACUUCGCCAACCCGCUAGUCAUCAGUCCCAGUUCUGGACGCCAGCGCUUCUUCGAAGGGCCCCUUGAACACGACCCAGUCAACGAGAAACACUCGUUCACGGGUGCUGUGUAA